AUGCUGCCUGAGGGAGGAAGGAAGUGCCAAGCCCAACCGACUCCCGUCCAGUCAGAGGCUCCCAAUAAGAUGGUCAAUAACAGCUGGACCAGUGUAUCCCAUUUUGUUCUCUUGGGCAUAUCUACCCACCUGGAAGAGCAGAUCCCACUCUUUCUUCUUUUUCUACUGAUGUAUGCAAUCAACAUUUUUGGGAACUUUGCCAUCAUCACAUUGAUUAUCUCUACUCCACGUCUCCACACCCCCAUGUACAUCUUCCUCAGUAAUUUGGCUUUGGCAGACAUCUGUUUCACCUCCACCACGGUCCCCAAGAUGCUACAGAACAUUUUCUCGCCUACAAAGGCCAUUUCCUACAUGGGCUGCUUAGUCCAGACCUAUUUCUUCAUUUGCUUUGCAGCCAUGGAAAACUUCCUUCUGGCUGUGAUGGCCUAUGAUAGAUACAUCGCUAUCUGCUACCCUUUCCGCUACCCUACGAUCCUGACCAGAAUGCUGUGUUCACAGAUGGUGGCUCUGUGCCAUAUCCUCUCCCAUCUUCAUGCCCUGCUGCACACCUUUCUUAUGGGCCGAUUAAUCUUCUGUGCAGAUAACAAGAUCCCCCAUUUCUUCUGUGACCUCUACCCUCUGAUGAAGAUUUCCUGCUCCAGCCCCUACCUCAACACCCUGAUGAUUCACACGGAGGGUGUUAUUGUCAUCAAUGGAGCUCUGGCUUUCAUCAUUGCCUCCUAUGCCCGCAUCAUCUCAGUGGUCCUCCAGAUCCCCUCGGCCAAGAGCAAAUGGAGAGCUUUUUCUACCUGUGGCUCCCACCUCACUGUGGUGUCUAUCUUCUAUGGCACACUCACAUGGGUCUACUUCCGGCCCCUUACCAGCUAUUCAGUGACUGAGGGUCGCAUUCUGACAGUCAUGUACACAGUGGUGACCCCCAUGCUGAACCCCUUCAUUUACAGCCUGAGGAAUGGGGAUGUCAAGGGAGCCUUCAGAAAAUGGGUGAGCAGAAUGUGGACUUCUUCCUUUAGAUAA